UCUAGUGCAGGUGUCUUACCACUCGACCACCGAGCUAACGGGAUCUGUUGGCCGGUUCGAUUUGAACUUUAGCAGCGGGUACCGCAUAACUAUUUAUUGCCAAAUCACCCAGUAUUGCUGUUCCAAUGUGCAAGGAAACAGGUCAUCUGGUACCUUGGGCAACUCGUACCUUGGACAACUCAUACAUUUAAUGUGACAUCAUUAUGCCAACUCGUACCUUGGACAACUCGUACCUUCAAUAAAGACGUCUCGUUCCAUUACGUUGUGUUUUUGGUCCAACGUAAUAACACCAAAAUGGAUGAGAAGCAGGGACCAAUUUCUGAUGAUGUCCCAACUGGGGAGGUAACGUCAACCACAGUUACAGAGGGUGAUGUUGUCAAGAUGCCAACAGAUGUGGCCAUCACUAUGGAUGCUAUUCCCAAUGAAGAUGAGGAGGACAAAUCCAAAGGUCUUGACCCACAAGAUAACCAUUGCGCCAGCACCUCUGACGUACCGAUGACUGGUGCUGCCAUGACGGAUCCUUAUCACUAUCUGACACAACAGCACUUCACCUCAGAGAUCUUCAAGAUUGAGAUCCAAAACCUCCCAAGAUAUUUUGGAUUUGCGGUUAAACAACAUGCUGACUCCACUGUGGAACCAGCCGUAUGAGGACCAGCUAUCCACCAAAUAGACCAACACCAGGGAGUUUCUGAGGAAUUUCCAAGAUGCUGCAACGGAACAUUGGGGAGAUGUCUCCCUGGCUGAAGCAACAAAUGAAGAACCACAGUGGGAUGGCAUGUGAGUUGCAGCCAAUUAAGCCAUCGCCAGUAUUAGAGAGUUAUCGCAACAAGUGUGAGUUUACCAUCGGCAAGAGUGUACAUGUAGAUGGCAUUGAUAACACUGUUGGUUUUUGGCUUGGCGCUAACAAAGGUCUUGACCCACAAGAUAACCAUUCCACCAGCACCUCUGACGUACCAGUGACUGGUGCUGCCAUAACGGAUCCCAAUCACUAUCGGACACUACAGCACUUCACCUCAGAGAUCUUCAAGAUUGAGAUCCAAAAUCUCCCAAGACAAUUUGGAUUUGCGAUAUAAAGUGUUUGAGG